AUGGAUUCUUCGAACAUUGAUAGUACUUCUCAAAAUGCAACUGAAUCGUAUACUGCUUUUAUUCGCCAACAACAAAACCAAAGACAGGCAAAUAGGAGGAAUCAAAUUCAAAGUCCACGCGUUGAUCGUCGUAAAAGAAUAAAUAAUUCCACGUUGCAUCCUAAUUUUCAGGCUUCUACUUCAAAUCAAGCACGUACUAAUAUUGUUCAUUCUAAAGUACGAGGGAUUUCUAACCUAUUAAACAUACCUACUAAUGCGUAUGUAUUACCGACAUGGAACUAUUGUGAACAUUGUGGUGCGCGAAAAUUUUAUAGAGAAACUAAAGGGUUCUGUUGCUCUGAUGGAAAAGUAAAACUUUAUAUGCCUGAUUCACCAACUGAAUUGUAUAAUUUAUUUACUUCUAAAGAACCUGAAUGCAUGGAGUUUAAGAUAAUUUCACGUGGAUAUAAUACCCAUUUUGUAUUCACUUCAUUUGGUGUAAAGUGCGAUACAGAACUUUUUAGAGCAUAUAAAGCAUCUCAAGUAGCCGCUGUAUGGAUUGAGGAUGAUGACAAUGCAAAUAUUCGUGUUCGUGAUAUUACUAUAUAUGGUCAUUCUGAUGAUUCACAUAAGGUUCACUAUUAUUAUGGUUGUUAUGAUCCUUUGCAAUACCCUUUAAUUUUCCCAUUUGGAGAACCUGGUUGGCAUGAAGGUAUUCAGAGAUACAAAAAAACAUAUUUUGAAACUCAGAAUUUACCCGAGUGCGUAGCUUUUCCUAGCACGGUAAAUUUUGCAACUGAAAUCAUUGCAAAUGAGGCUCAAGAUAUGUAUGUUAAAAUUGAAACUGCCAGAUUAGACUAUUUUCGUAGCAAUCAGAAACAAAUUCGUGCUGAACUUUAUCAAGGUAUUGUGGAUAGUGUUCAAAAUGGUGGAACAAGAGGGUCAAAAAUUGGAAAGAAGAUUGUUCUACCACAAACUUUCACAUGUGGGCCUAGAGAUAUGCUUAAAAGAUAUUUAGACGCAAUGGCUAUCGUCCAACGUUAUGGAAAACCAGAUAUAUUUCUAACUAUAACAUGUAAUCCAAAUUUGCCAGAAAUUAUGCAAGAACUCAAACACAAUGACGAAGUUCGAAAUCGACCAGAUUUAAUUGCACGUAUAUUUAGAGCAAAAUUGGAAGGGUUAAAGAACGAUUUAUACAAAGAAAAUAUUUUUGGUUCAGUUGUUGCUCAUAUAUACAUGAUUGAAUUUCAAAAAAGGGGGCUCCCUCAUGCCCAUUUAUUGUUGAUUUUCAACUCUGCCAAUAAAAUUUGUUGUGCUGAACAAGUUGAUAUGAUAGUGUCAUGUGAAAUUCCCGAUAAGAAUAAAUACUUGCAUCUUCAUUCUGUAAUUGCAAAACACAAUAUGCAUGGCCCUUGUGGAACCCUUAAUCCAAAAAACAUAUGUAUGUUGGCAAGUAGUGGUUGUAAAAAUAAAUAUCCUAAGGAUUAUUGUAACAGUACUAUAUUUGGUGAUAAUUCAUAUCCCUUGUAUAGACGUCGUGAUAAUGGUAUUUCUAUUAAAGUAAGAGGCCAAAUGUUAGAUAAUCGGUGGGUUGUACCAUAUAAUCCUUAUUUAAGUGCAAAAUUUGACUGUCAUAUUAACGUUGAAGUAUGUUCUUUUAUUAAAGCAGUAAAAUAUUUGUACAAAUAUGUGUAUAAAGGACAUGAUCAAAUUUAUCCUACUGUUUGCGCUUUACAACUUCAUAUUAAAGAUCAUCAGCACGUAACUUAUAAUAGUAAAGAUGAUUUAUCUGUUAUUAUUGGAAAUGAAAAACAACACAUUGUUAUAGGGCGAAUCGUGACAGUUAAUCCAUCCGAAGGAGAACGUUAUUUCCUUCGUGUUCUUCUGAAUCAUAUUAAAGGUCCAACAUCAUAUGAUAGUUUUAAAACUUUAAACGAAGUAACAGUCAAUACAUAUCGAGAAGCAGCACUUUUACAUGGUUUGUUAAAAGGAGACAACCAUUGUGAAGAAUGUCUGUCUGAAGCCAUUAUUUACAAAAUGCCCAGUUCUUUAAGACAUCUUUUUGCUACACUUCUUACACUUUGCAACCCUAAUUAUCCAAAGUUAUUGUGGGAUAAAUAUAAAGCCUAUAUGAUUGAUGAUUAUGUACAUCGAAACAUAUGUGUUAGAGAUGCUGAAAUACAAGCUUUGGAAGACAUCAAUUCUAUAUUAGAAUCGUCAGGAAAAAAUGUAAAUGAUUAUGGAAUAGUUUCAUUCUUUGUAAAUAUAGAUGAGACUCAAAGAUUGGCAAGAAUGAUUGCAGAGGAAACAAUGAAUUUUAAUAUUCAACGAGACUUUAAUUGUGUAGAGAAAUUCAAUAAAGAACAACGAUUUGCAUAUGAUAAAGUUAUGGAAAAAGUAAAAAAUGACUCAAGUGGUACUUUCUUCAUUGAUGGUCCAGGGGGAACGGGGAAGACUUUCUUAUACAAAGCACUUCUAACUGCUGUAAGAGGUCAACAUUUGAUUGCUUUGGCAACAUCGUCUUCUGAAGUCGCUGGUCUCUGUUACCUGGAGGUCGCACAGCUCAUUCAAGAUUUAAAAUUCCUUUAG